UUCCGAUCGUCUGCACUCAGUAAACUGGGUCGGGUUUAAUGGGCCGGCCGAUUUUGCCCUCCUCCUGUCUCCUCCUCCUCCCCCCCCCCACCGGUGGGAGGCUCGCGUUGCGAGUGGGGCGUGGCCAAGUUGCAAGUUUGACGCUGGAAGUCCACAUGGUACAGAUCUUAAGAAGAGGAGAUGCAAUGAGGCUCGGGAUUUGAACUAAUGCCAUCGCACUGACUCAUCCAGGGAGAGUAAAGGAGCUCAGAGAACAAGGAUACUAAGCUAGAGAGGCGCUUGCUCAAGGGAAAGAGAAGGGAGGGGGGUAUGUGUUAAAGCAAGGGGACAGAAGAGUUCGCCUUCAUGGCCGAGAAGAGCAAAAUCAAGAGCUAGAUCGAUAAUCCAGUUGAAUCUUUUCAACAAUAAAGUAAAUAAAGAGCCUCAAAAGCCCGGGCUGACUCAUCCAGUCCAGUUCGAGCAGGAAGACGGCACUUUUCUGAAGGGCUUAAUUAUACAGGAGGCAACGAUCCUCCUUAAAACUACAGAGAGAUCAAGACUUUGAUACCAGUAGGCAGGCGAAGUGGAAGGAAGGGGAAACAAGACACGUCCAAUUUUCUUUAGAAAUAAAGACGCGUUUGGAAAAAGAACUCUCUUCUUUUUUUAAAAAAAAACAACAGCCUUUUUAUAGUUAUGCUGACGUUCUUAAGAGACUCGAUAAUUUGGCUCUACAAGCAGUGAAUUUUGCAUUCUUAUGCGUGGGAGGUUUGGGGUGAAUCUUUUUUUAAAUCCCACGGUCCUGCUUCGAGAGAGAGAAAAAAAAUCAGGACUCGCUUUAAAAUAGAAUCAAAAUCCAAACUGCCAGCUGCAUCCGUCUCCACCUGAGCGCGCUUGAAAUCUGAAGCAUCAAUUAUACGAUUGGAAACCAAGACAGGAAGGGUCCCGAGCAAGAGGGAUCAACAGCUAGAAAGAUUGUGGGUUUUUUUCCUUCAUUAUUACUCCUCUCCUGCUUGCACCUUGGACAAUGUACCAGGACUUUCCGACAAAUUUUGAUACCUCCUCUCGGGGCAGCAGCACUUCUCCAGGGCAUCCGGAAACUUACUCGAGCAUCACAACUCAACAGAAAUUCCGGGUCGAUAUGCCAGGAUCGAGCAACACAUUUAUUCCUACUCUCAACGCAAUAACCACCAGCCAAGACCUACAGUGGAUGGUUCAGCCCACCGUGAUAACCUCCAUGCCAAGUGCCUACUCUCGCUCGCAUCCCUACAGCCACGCAUUGCCCAACCUGUCUUCAGUUACUGGACACACAGCCCUACAAAGGCCUGGUGUUAUUAAAACCAUUGGGACCACUGUGGGCAGGAGGAGAAGAGAUGAGCAGUUAUCACCUGAAGAAGAAGAGAAGAGAAGAAUUAGAAGAGAAAGGAACAAACUAGCAGCAGCAAAAUGCCGUAACAGGCGCCGAGAGCUGACUGAGAAACUCCAGGCAGAAACAGAGGAGCUGGAGGAGGAGAAAUCAGUGCUGCAAAAGGAGAUUGCUGAUCUAGAGAAAGAGAAAGAGAGGCUGAAAUUCAUGUUAAUGGCUCAUAGCCCCAUGUGCAAGAUCAGCCCCGAGGGGCAUCGAACCCCUCCACCUCAUAGCCUCCAGGCCCUGAGGACUGGAAUGAGUGGUCCUGUGGUGGUGAAGCAAGAGCCUGUGGAGGAAGAGAUCCCCUCUUCCUCUUCAGAUCCUGAAAAAGGGCAGAGAUCUGUCAUUAAGCCCAUCAGCAUUGUUGGGGGGUUUUAUGGAGAAGAGCCACUCAACACACCUAUUGUGGUGACUUCGACUCCUGCUGUUACCCCUGGAACAUCCAACUUGGUCUUCACCUAUCCCAGCGUGCUAGACCAGGAUUCACCACUCUCUCCAUCAGAAUCCUGUUCCAAAGCUCACCGGAGGAGCAGCAGCAGUGGGGAUCAGUCAUCUGAUUCCUUGAACUCUCCAACUCUACUGGCGCUGUAACCCUUUAGCCACCACUCCACCCAGUUACUGUUGGGGGGAAAAGCCCCACCUCAAGAUCAGAGACAGCACAAUGGCAUUCGAGCACAAGGCCAACAAGAGCCAGGAAAGGAAAUGUUGUUGCUCCAGAUAUUUCCUUAGACAGGAAGACUAGAACAAAUGAAAGCUAUAUCAGUCUGGAGUUGGUAAGCAGCAGUCACAAUCCCAAGACCCAACGGUGAGGGGUUUUCCCUCAUUCACCAGUUACUGCAGUGGAUGUGACCAUCCAUAAAUUGCUAGCCGUUUUCCUGUUAGGCUGAUGAAUGGACUGUCUGACCUGGCUCCUUCUCCUGGACUAAGUAGUACAUUCCAGUUAGUUGAUCUCAUUUGGGCCUUAACAUUUUCUUGAUUUUUGUUGGAUACCAUGACAUUUCGAAAACUGUAAAGGCUUGCUGAACCACUGCUGAUAUUGAGACCUGCCUCCUGGGAAUGUUUGCCAUAUUGGGUGGCUUUUGGCACAUGGUGGAAGUUUUGGGGGGAAAAGGGAAAUUUAUUACAGGUCCAAAUGGUUCUUCAAAAGUUACACAUCCAGUGUCUUCAUUAGGGAAUGGGGAAAGUGAUGGGGAAACUGAUUAACAAAAAGAGAAGAGUUUCCGUGAAGACAAUAGAGAACAGUGCACUGUUUGUGUCUACAAAGGCUGUAUCUGCAACAUACCUUCGUCAGUGGGCCAGGAGUGGUGCCAAGAGGGCUGGGGAAAUGCCAGAGUGGGUUUCCACUAAGCCUUUGUUUCUGGCAUGAUGUCUUCUGUAAUUAGUGUUUGUCAAAUCUGUUGCAGGACCCUGUGUUUUCUUUCCUUUUGGCUGCCAGCCAACCACUUUGGGUGUGAUGCAGCUUCCUCUGAAGUAUGCCCGAAUCACAUGCUGGUGCUGUUUUUCAAACAAAGCUACCAGCUUCCAGGUUGCGGACGGUUGCCUUUGCCCAGUGCUGCCAUUCUUCUUGCGGCUGAUCAGGAAAGGGGAUUAAUUUGAGGGAGAAUGUGCAAGAAGCUCCCUUGAAGAAAUUUCCCCCUUUGGCUAAAUUUUGAUCAGAGGGACCUGGCCAGGAUUAUGCACAUUGCCAUCUGAUGGUGUCAGGCCAAAUCAGUCCUUUUUCUGGUCCUAGAGAUCACUAAAGAAAAAUGGAUUCUGCACUUUGCUUCCCGCUGCACUUGGUUUCCAACUCUUAACUAAAUAUGGCUGAUAAAAACAAAAUCUGUGCUCACUACUGAAAAAGGCAGCAUGUUUCACUUAUGUACAUCCCCUAUAGUGCCAAGCGUUGAUGCAACUGUACUUAAAGAAUUUGCAGAUUUUAGCAGGGAUACCCACAGAUAAAUUGGAGAGAGGUUAGUUAUAUCUUCAUCUGGAAGUAGACAGUUUUAUUCUAAAACUUGUUCUUUACAAAAUACACAAUAUAGCUCAAGUUAACGGUGAGCAUAUUAAUGACUAGGUCUUUUAUGUGAUCUGUGGUGAGCAAGGCAAGGAAGCUGAUAGAUUUUUUUACCCCAUUGUGCUCUUCAGAGAUCAGCUUCUUGUGUUUGGGCGGGAUCUUCUUCAAGCCAUUUUAACUCCUGCGGUGAGCAUCUUUGCCUCUUCAAGCUUUGCCUUAACAGCUAGGAAACUGCCGUCUUGAUUCAAAGUUGAUUUUCGUUGAUAUCAGUGAUCACAUUCCUGUUUAUUUUUAAUGCGUCUGGAUCACAGCCAUAGUUAGGAAUAUAAUGCUAGGCUAUUUGAUCAGAGUUUCUAGUUUAAUGAAGUUCAGUGACCUAACUGAAUUCUAGGGAAUUUGAGUACUGUAAAGGUAUUGUUUGAUUCAAGUGGAGCUCAGUUCUUGGUAAUUUCAUGGACAUGCAUAUGUCAUUUUUUGGACAACGUUGGUGGCUUGCCUUCUUCAAGGAUAUUUUUGGACUCCAGCCUAAUUUGCAAUCUGGGAUUCCCUAGAGGUCUCCCAAAUAUUGACUAGAUCCAAAACAAGUUCCACUUAGUUUCUAAACCCAGAAAUGACUGAUGGAGUUUCAUUAUCUAUUUUUGCCUAUGCUGGCCAUAGGACGAAAAAAAAAUCUGGCUACUGGUAGUACAUCUGACCUCUAAACAUGCCCUAGACAUUACUUAACACUAUCAAGUUUCUGUUUAUAGCAAUAAAAGCCAAACAUUUGCUUUAUAGGAAAAAAAGGGUGUACAAACUGAUUUUUCUAACUGUUAUCUCCUAUGUUUAUUGAAAUAAUUUAAAUCAGCCGUCCCAAUUUAUGCUCUACGUGCAACAGGAUAGUCUGAGCCAAAAGUCAUGUGGUGAACAAGAGUUUUUCUGUAAACAUGUUGAGCUGUAUCAUAUUGAGGAAGGCUGGUAUAAAACAAGAAUAAAAAGUUGUCUGGAACUGCUUUCAUAUGCACACGAUAAGAAUGUUGUAUUGCUCAAGAUUCAGACUUCAGCAUCUCAUGUUUGGUAUUUUAAGGAGGAUUCUGAUCUUAAUGGGAAGGGAAAGCCAGCAUCUUCUUGUCACUAGAAUCAAUAGGAACUGCCCAAUAUACUUACGUCAGAAGUAAGGGACCAAUGCUUCUCUGCCUUAGUGUUUCAGAAAUAAAAUUCCCAUAGUUCAUUUAGCACAAAUUCCAUCUCCUUAGGAAUUGCUGGAAAACUAAACAGUAAAUAAAAUUAAAUAAUUUGACCUGCAAUCUUGGAAGUUAAAUGAUUAUUGGCAGAAGGGGACAAUAUUCUGUGAAAAUUCUCAUUCUAUUAAUGUUGUUCCAGUAGCAGGGUUAGGUAUUCAGUUCCAUGUUGAAUCUAUGACCUUGCCAUCAUUCUGCAGAUAAACCUGCAGCUAAUACGUGUUUUUUUCAAGAAGUGUUGCUCCAGAAAACUGGAAGAAUUGAAAAAAGUAUCCGAGUAGUGAUCCUUGACCCUAACCCUAAUCCAUGAAGCAGGACAUGAUGGUGCUGAGAUCAAUCAGAUAGAAAGUAGAAAAAUGUUUCAAACUUUGCUGAAGGAACAGCAAUCUUAAAGGAUGCUUCUAGAUAGCUAGACUUCUAUAAUUGGUUCUGGUUGUAGUGUCCGAUCUCUCCAGAUAAUUUUAGCUUGCUUCUCAUUUCAUUUUUAUAUCAGUGGCUUUGUGUGUGUCAGUUGGAUGAUGGUUCCUGAAACCUAGCAAAAGUAGAUUUAUAUUUGGUUCAUCCAGUCUUGUUAUUUCAAGCAGGUUGAAGUAAAUGAGUCCAUUAUGCUCUUCCAGUAAGUGGUAUCUUUGUGGCUAAUAGGUUUUGGUCAACCUUGGUUAAUUAAUGUGUUCAGAUUGAGCACUGCCAUAUUUUGGGUAGUUAAAUCCAGCUUUUUUUCCAGUUUUGGCUUUUCUUUGGCAUCUUUUUAAAUAUGCACAUUUAUACCCUUGAAAUGGCAUAUUUGCAUUUUCCCUUCUGCCUCACAGGUGUAAAUGCUGUAAAAUGUUCGCAUGGCACAAACUCUUCUGUUUUGGCUUUUUCUUCCACAAGCUUCUGACAGAGACCUAUGUUUUAUAAUUCUCCCAACUUGCUGAAGAUGACGUAGUAGUAGGAAUUAUUUAGCCUCUUGAGAGCAAUAUAGGAUGGCAUCUUGCACACGGCUGGUGGUGAUAAAGUAACAUCUCAGAUCUAGUAGUAUAGUAUGGUAUAGUUCUGUGAGUAACACGCUUGUGUGUGAAGUCCUAAUAACAGCUUUUGUGCAAUAAAGCAAACUUGAGAAGUUUUGUAGAAUAUGUUGUAUCCAAAUUUUUUUACAAUCUAUAGGGUUUAUACCAAACUUGAGAUAUUUAAGUAUCUGAUCUGGCAAUGUUUUGCCCAGCUAUUUAAAGACUUAUAUGCAUGCCUUGAUAGAAAGCAAUUCCUGUUCUUGCAGUAUUUUUGGGGGUGGGGGGUGGGGGAGCAUCUUUUCCAGAGGAAAAAAAUCUAUUUGUCUCCCAACACUAAUGCAUUUUCUCGCUUUAAAUUCCUGCUUCCUACCCAUUCUUAGUUCUAAUGUUUAUACUUGACUUUUUAUUUCCAUUAGAACACAAUCCAGCAAACUCUUUGCUUUGCAGCUUCUAUUAAUUUCAACCUGAUUUGACCUGAUGACACAGCUAGGAGUGGUGUAGUCAAUGGGUUUAAUGGAUUUUGCUUAUUAAACCAGCUGAGUACUUGUGAUAUAAUAGGACCUGAGGUGGUCAUAUCAGUAUCAAUGGAUUUUUUUUAAAAAAAUAUCCUUAUUAUAUUGUUUUAUUUAAUUCAUCCACUAAGUUCAUUUGAACUUAGCAGUAUGCUGCUUCUGUAUUCCACCCAGUCAUAAAAACACUCAUUAUUUCUUAUUUAUUGGCAAGCAAACAUUUUUUGUGUCGGCUACAGUGAAUCUGCCCACCAUUAAUUAAACAACUUGUUCCUAUUUUUUAUGCCAAAAUGAAAUUAAUCAGAGAGGGUCAACUAUUUUAAAAGAGAAUGCAAAUGAUAGCAUAUCUAUCUUGGUUUUUUUUUUUUUUUUACAUAGACAUAUAAUGUUUACAUCUUUUUCUUUGCCGCAGAUCUGGAUUUGAAAAAAAAUAUUUUUCUCUACUGAUUUUUAAAAUCUUGAUUUUUUUCUUUUUUAAAUAAAAAAUAGUUAGACAUGGUAAGGGUUAAUAAUUUCUCCCCUUCCCUUUGUAUAAUUUUUCAAUGAAUUGUCUUGGUGCUUCAUUUUGGUUCUCAUUGUUGUUCUGCUCAAAUCUGCACGAAUAUCUAUUCUGUUUAGAAAUGGUUUACUAGUCUCAGUUUCAUGUUCUUUUCAUUCAUGAGAAUUGUUUUCUUUGUGGGGGAAGGGUGUUCAUUAAGCCAUAAGUAUCUAUCUGUGCAAUAAACACUAGGCGAGUGCUUUCAGAAAAGGUUGGGAUAUCAGUUAUAAUGUGCUUUGCAGGCAAAAUUUUCCAGGGCUUUUCUAAGUAGGGCUGCCUCAAUUGCUGAAUGAAACAGACUUAUCACUUUCUGUUUCUCCAAAAAACAGAAUAUGAUCCUAUGAUCACGUUCAACAUUCCAUUUAGAUGGCAUUUUUGCAUAUCAGUAUAAUCCUAGUGCGUGUUUUAUUCCAAUUUAUUAAAAAUCCAUUCUGCAGGCAGAAAGAUCUAAAAUAGGCAAGCAGAAUAUGAUUUAAUUUCCACAGCAAGAGUAAAAACGAUGGCCUCCCAUUACAUCCAUUGAUUUGCGUGAAUUGGUGUUUGUUUUUUUUAAUUGACAACAAAGAAUGUUGAUAUGAUUCCAUAUCCAGGCUGAUGGAAUAGAUUGUCUAACGCUGUUCUUGGCAUACACAAAGGGAAAGAAUAUCAUGGCAAAAAAAAAAAAAACCCAACGGGAAAUCUGCAAGAACACCAAAUUGUAUACGUAUAUGCAUAUUUUCUAAUUAUAGAAAACAAAGCCAGAAGAACUGAAGGAAGUAAGCGUUUUUAUGUCUUUCUCUGCAAAUCUCAUGAGAUUAAUAAAUACCAUAAAGAUUAGGAGAAAUUGGGGAGGGGUGGGAGAAGCACUAAAACUUACUAUCUAUGGAAGGGGUAGGGGAUACAUAAAAUGUACAGAGAAAUGGUUUCUAAAAAUGAACUUUCAAUCUUCUUCAAAUUAUAAGAUAGAACAAGAACAUUCUCUCACAGUAAAAGACUAUUUUUCUGUCCUAAAAAGGAUUCUGCUUCCUUCCCACUCUUGAAUUUUAAUACUGUUCUGAUUCUUUUGUGGCUGUUUUGACGUAGGAAAACCAGAAUUAUGUGUUGAAAAUAGACAUUUGGUCUGUCUCAGUGAGCAGAUAAAUGCUGUGCAUGUGUAUAGAUUCUACUGUGUAGUCCCAAUAAAUAUUGGUAAGAAAAAGUGCAUCUUCAUUAGCACAGUAAAUUGAUGGUAUAAAAUGAAAGAAUGCUUUAGGAUCAAAGGGCCCGAUUCUUUCUUUGUUUAUAUGACUGUGGUCUUAAAUGCAUUCACCUUAGAUGUACAGUAUGUACACCAGUGUUAAAAUUGGUAGAAAAAAAAUGUUUCAGUGAUUUUAUUUUUCCCAUCACAUAUAUAAAUCCAUAGAGAUCUUUAUUUUUUCUUUCCACACAUCCAAAAGUUUUGAAUUUCUUUUUCCCCAACACAGGGUGAAAUAAGUUUGGAUAGGAGUGAUUAAAUUGGGAGCCCUUUUCUGAAUGUCUGUGUAAGAUCUCUCAUUGGCAGAGAAGCUUGCCGGGGAGGUCAUCUUAUUCCUUUUCUUGUAAUGCAGGCCUACAAUAUUUGCACUAAAAUUAACAAAAAUAAUGGUAUGGAGGUGGUUUAAAGAAAGGUUGCUGCUAUGAAAGAAAGAACUUAAAAGAAUGGCCGUGCUUUUACAGAUUUUAAUGUACCAUUUUGUAAAAUGAAAUCAGUCUAGAUGGAAAAGAAUGAAGGUUUUAUAUGUAUGUGUGUGUAUAAAAUUAUAAUUAUUAUUUUUUACUUUCUCUUGCUGUUCAUUUCCACAUCCCACUUGAUUCUCUUCUGUGUUCUUUCAUUGCUACUUUUGUGAUUGUGUUCAUUAACCCCAUCCCCAAGUUUAAACACUUGUAAAUGAUGCUUUCAUGGCACUGCGGACACCUUUUUUUUUGUUUGUACAGUGAGAGCUAACUGGAGUUCUUCUCUCUCUUCAGUUGAAUUCAUUAAAAAAAUUCUUUGUUAUGACCAA